AAUCCCCCAAAAUCCCAUCCUGACAUAACCCGGCGGAUCCAAAGCCAACGGGACAACUCCCGCUGACUUCCCGACCUGUCCCGUGGGAUGUCCCGAGGGAGGUGGGGAUGGAUCUGCUCUCCCGGAUCCUGGAACAUCGGUCCUGGAGAGAAAAAUGUCAUCGCCCACCCGGCUCCAGGAGGAUCCGGGCUGAUAUUCCCGGAUUCCAGCAUCUCCCAGGCAGGCUGGAGCAGGAGUUGGGCACCCCACUCCCAAACUGAUCCUCCCAAGGCACCAGAGCUGGAAUUGCUGCUGGAUCCCCCCAGCAGAUCCCGGGAACUCCGAGGCUUUUCCAGGAUGUUUCUUCCAAUGUCAGUAACGCCGAGGUUUUUUCCCCCCCUUCUUAAUUCCACUGGUUUCGGGAGGAAUUCCAUUGGAAGCCACCAGAGGACAUUCCCACCCUGAGGAAGACUCAGCUCCAGCUGUUUCUGGUUUUAAGGGAUCCCUGGGAAUGCUGGCUCUGCUUCCGAGGGCAGAGGUGGUGCAGGAUCCCACCGGGAACGACUCUGUGCCCCCGGAGGUGAUGGGAUCCAUCCCGCCGGGAGCUCCGAUCCGCUCGGAUCCCGGAGGUGAUGGAGCUCCAGGGCCAAGCUGAGGGCCGGAUCCAGGUUUGGAUUCAUAUCCAGAUCAAGGUCCAGGUUCAGGUCCAGCACAAGGCCAGGUCCAGACCUAAGUCCAGGUCAAGGUCCAGAUCCAGGUCCAGACCCAGAUGUGGGUCCAGGUCCAAGACCAGAUCCAGGUUUGGAUCCAUAUCCAGGUCAAACUCCAGGUCCAGAUCUAAAUCCAGAUCCAAGUCCAGGUCAAGGUCCAGGUCCAAGACCAGGACUAGGUCCGGGUCCAGGUCAAGCUCCAGCUCCAGAUCUGGAUCCAGGUCAAAGUCCAGGUCUAUGUCAAGGUCAAGAUCUGGAUCCAGAUCCAGCUCAAGCUCCAGCUCUAGAUCUGGAUCCAGAACCAGGCCCAGAACCAGAUCGGGAUUCAGAUCCAGGUCCAGGUCAAGGUCCAGAACCAGAUGCAGAUUCAGGUCCAGAUCCAGAACUGGAUCCAGGUCCGGAUCCAAGUCCAGAUCCAGACCCAAAGCCAGGUCCAAGUUGAGGUCCAGGAUCAGGACCAGAUCCACGUCCAGGAUCGGGUUCAGAUCCAGGUCCAAGUCCAGGUCCAGACCCAUUCCUGUUAUCCCCUGCUCCAAACCCACCCCAUCGGACUCUGGAUGGCAGAGGCAGGUCCAGAUCCAGGACCAGAUCCAGGUCCAGGUCCAGGAGCAGAUCCAGAUCCAAAUCCAUCCCUGGUAUCCCCUGCUCCAAGGACUCUGGGGCACCCUGCCCCUGCUGGGAUUGCUUUGGGCUCAAACCCUUGGAUUUUGGGAUCGCUCCUUCCCAGGCCCAGCCAAGCGAGGCAGAGCCAGCCUGGAAAUCCGAUCUCCCUUGGACAGCCCCUCCAGCUGCCUGAGCUCCUCAUCCUUCCCAGCUGGAAUUUCUGGCGCUGAUGGAUUCGUGGCUGUUUUUCUUGGGUGUGACAGCCCUCGGAGUUACUUUGGCUCUUUUCCUCGCUUUUCCUUUUUUUUCCCCAUUUUUUUCCUCGUUCAGACAGAAAAACAAAACAAUCCCGGGAGGGUUCACCUUCAGGAGGAGCUGUGGGAAGAGCCACGGUUUUUAGGUCUUUUCCUGGAGUUUUUCGGGAUGUGGGCGCGACCCUUCGGAGCUGAGAAGGUCGGGUUCAGGUGUAUCCCCGGAAAAUCCCACGGAAAAUCUGCCCCCCUGCCCCUGCUCCACAGAAAUCCAGGUCCUGAGCCCUCCUCGGGAUGGACACGGCAAGGAAAGAUUGGAGCUCAGGAUAAUCCCCACCGGAGCUGGGGCUGGAAUUGCUCCUGGCAGCUUUUUUCCUCCUAAACCAGAGGAAAAUCGGGA